GACAAAUUAAAUGUCAAUUGUAAAGACAACAAAAACGCGUUGUUGUCACGGAGUUUGUGAAAAUAUUGAAUUAUAGUUUCUUUUACACAUUAACAAUAAAAUCGUAGUAUUUCAUGACACAAUGGCUGAAAUAUACAAGCUUAUUCACCCGGUCAAGUAUUUCAACGACUAUAUAUCAAGAAACAUACGUCCAGACGGAAGAGCAUUCCAGGAACAACGUAAUAUCAAGUUAAAUGUGAAUUCUAUAAAAUCAGCAGAUGCCUCAGCAGUCGUCAAGUGUGGAAACACUACUGUUGUUUGUGGAAUUAAACUGGAAUUAGCCACACCAAAAGCAGAGGAACCAGAUGUUGGGUUUCUUGUCACAAACGUUGAACUGCCACCUCUGUGUUCAUCAAAAUAUAGACCAGGCCCUCCGUCAGACAGUGCACAAGUGACUAGCAACCUUGUCUCAGAUAUUGUCAUUACAUCUAAAUGUGUGGACCUAAAGGACUUGUGCAUAAUCCCUGAUAAACUGGCAUGGGUGUUGUACUGUGACAUGGUCUGCAUAGACAAUGAUGGUAGCUUGGUUGACGCUUGCAUCACCACACUGAUGGCCAGUUUGAAAACAUUGACCCUGCCAUCGGUAACAUAUGAUCCAGAAACUGAAGAGAUAAGUGUAGAUACGAGUGUAAGAAAAAAGCUAAAUAUUAAUGGAUUACCAGUGGCAACUAGCUUUGCUUUGUAUAAACAUGAUCAAAGUGACAUUGUUUUAGCCGAUCCUUCAAUAUACGAAGAAGAAAUGUGUAGAGGCAUUGGUGCUAAUUUAAUACUAUGCUACAAUAAAGGUGUACUUUGUGGUGCUCAAAAGUUUGGAGGCAACAACCUUUCUACAGUUUGUGAAGAGAAAGCUUUUGAUAUAGCUAAAGAAAGAGCUAAGCUUGUUGAAGAAGUUAUUGAUGUUUGCAUAAAAAAUUAUGAAUUAGAAAAUAAAAAAUAGGAUAUCUUAA